GAGUAAGGAAAAUGAUUUCCGAGUGUUAAGUAAAUCAAAGAUUUUGGUGAUUAAUUAUUUGGUAUAUCAUUAAUUUUGUGAUAUGCAAAAAUCUGGGUUUGGAGACAAAAGGAAGAUGCAAAAAUGAUAUCACUUUUUUUUUUUACCAUCAUUACAUGGGCAUAAUACAAGGAUAAACUUAAUUAUGAAAAUAUUAGCAGCUGUCCUAAAAUUAUCAGUUUAAUUUGCAUACAUUGUUGAAAUUUAUAUUGAAUCUAAAGGCGGGAAAAUGUCGCUUAGUACUAUGGUCUAGUAGUUUUCUUUUCACUAGUAACAUCAAAAACGAAUUUGAACCACAAUAUUACUAACGUGUUAGUAUAGAUGAUAUCUUUUGUUCGAAAAAUAAAUAAAUAAAUAUGUGCUGCAAAAUUUCUUAACCCAUUUCAAUUUAAGAAACGCUGCGUUUGAUUCGUUUUCGCGCGCAAUUGGUACAAAGUAACAGAACCCUAGAAUUUCCCAGAGAGCAAGAAAAGUAAAAAAUGGAGAGGGAGGAAGACGACUCAGAGAGCGAGCUUCUCAUAGAUCGAUUCAGACUCUCGACCAUCCACAUAGCCGAAGCCGAAGCGAAGCGAAACGCCAUGGAGAUUUCGGGCCCCGUGAUGGCUUGCAUUGCCGAUUUGGCUUUCAAGUAUACAGAACAGUUGGCAAAGGACCUCGAGUUAUUUUCUCAACACGGUGGUCGUAAAACUGCAAACAUGGAAGACGUCAUACUUUCUGCACACAGAAACGAACAUCUGGCCGCCUUGUUGAGGUCCUUCUGCAACGAUCUGAAAGCCAAAGAACCACAAUCUGAGAGGAACAGAAAGAAAUCAUCAAAGAGGGAAGACCAAGCAACUACCAGUGUAGUACAUAUUCCAGAUUCUUAGCUUGGGUAUGUCUCUGCCUUAACAUGAUUUACUAAUGCAAACCCGAAAAUCGGAUAGAGAGAAGAAUCCUUGUUGUCCAAAGUUUGAUGUCUAUGUAGGAAGAGCUGCGACUUGUUUGACCUUUUAGUAGCCUCCAACUUCCCAUCAUGUGAAUUUCUCAAGAAUCCUGAGUAAAUAUGUAUGAAAAGCUAACGCCAUUUCAGAUUA